AUGCGUCGCCAUCGGCCAAACAACCUCGAGCCAUCAUUGGUGCAUACCAACCAGCACGGUCGACCUCCAACUCCGUAUCCGUUCAACAAGGAUGGUACCUUGCGUGGCUCUCGAUUUGAAUCUAGAAAGCGUGACUCGUCGAUCCAAGAUGACCGUGUUGGUGAUCUUUCUUAUAAGCACGUGCUUCCCACUUUUCUGCGGAGGCAAGACAACGAUCGCCCGCGCAAAUUGAGCUAUAGUGAAAAACAACACAACCUUCAACGAGCAAUUGAUGCGGCGAAUGCUAGAAUCGAUCGGCGGCCAGCCAUCCCCCGCCAGCAUGUGUAUUUUCCAGCAAAAGUCGAGAAACAUGUUCGCUUUAAGCUACCGAGAAUGAAAGACACUCGACGAUCGUCACCUGAUGAUGAAUUUCUAUCAAAAAGUAUGGCAAACCUUGGGAUUGCCGAAAAGCGUUCACAUUUAAACCGUCAAUCACAUUGUGAAGCAUGCGGUAGACGUCUUGUCAGGCUUAGCACAUGCGACAAACGCGUGGAAUAG